GAUCGAGCUGCAAGUAUUAUUAGUUUACUAACUAUAUUGUUUUAUAAUCGACCGUUAACUACCUCUCUAAGAAGUAGUUUACAUUCGCUGUCCAUCUGUUUUUAGUAAUUUACUCUGACGAUAUGCCCCAUUGUUGUGUUAAAUGAGUUUACAUCCUUGGCGUCCUUUGUAAUGAACGCGAGAGCGACUUUAGUCCAGAUAGCGUUCGUCGUGUUUACGCUGCUAUUAUCGGUAAGUGUUUGCUCACAGUUAACGGUGCUUGUUCGUCUCAACGAUGGUCAAAUAACGGAGGAGCAAUUAGAGGCGGAUAGUGAGAAGGACAUUAUAACAGUGGAGUUCAGGCAGACAGACGGGACUCUCAUUACAUUCCUGUCUGAUUUCAAGCGCCAUGUGAAGAUCUUUCGUGCACUGGUGCUUGGGGAGCCAGAGAAGGGCCAAUCUCAGUACCAGGCCCUCUGCUUCGUCUCACAUUUGGAUCAUGGAGAGCUCAUCCCGAGUGAGGCCAUGGCUCGACUCAGACAGAAAAACGCUCAUGUGGUGCGAAGUGCGGACGAGAGACGCAGUGUUGAACAGUUCACUAUGAAUGCAGUGCUCAACAUGACUCGCUCCUGGCACCUCAGUACUCAUAUUCAUAAUGUCUGCAGGGAUGCACGAGACCUGGUGUACACACGACAGCAAGAUGUCAAAUACUGGCUGGAGAAAGGGGUUGAAGGUUCAAUAUUUGAUGUCUUUCCUCAGAGUUUGAAUGUGACUGACUUGCAGAGCUGCAGCUCCACAACAGACCCAUGGCAGCCCUGCGCCUGCAGUUACAGGUUAAACCUGGAGUGGUUCCCCUGUCAGCUGAAGUACUGCCGGGGCCAGGGCCCGAACCCUUACAAAUGCGGCAUUAAGAGCUGCAGCAAAGGCUACCGCUUCGACUUCUACACGCCUCAUAAACAGCUGUGCCCUUGGGAUGAGGACAAUUAGCAGCACCUGACAAAGGAAAUUUGUUUUUCUUAAAAUAAUGUGUUUGUUUGUGGGAAACAUUUUUGCAAGGUACUCUACAACAAUGCAAAACUUUUUCUUAAAGGAACUGUUUUGAUAAUGACAUUAUCUAGAAAUUACUUGUGCACUUCAGUGAUUUGAAAGCAGCUAUACAUUUUGUCUCAACAGGGAACUUUCUCUGACUCUUAUGCCUUCAAUGGGAGUGAAAGAAUGGAUAUUUUGAUGUGGAUUGUCAAGCCAUUUAUCUUUUUUACUUUGGGACAUCACUACAAUGGUACCUCAGGGCAGGAAAUUGUUUUAUUAUUAUAAGUUGUAUGUUCUGCUUAGGGCAGCUGUAUUGUAGCUCUUGUUUUCAUUCUGUUUAGUUUGUACGUUAGUAAAUUUUUGCGUUAAAAUAUUUGAAUGUUAAAGUCUUAGCUAUCCAUACAUUCCCAGUAUUGAUGACAUUAGUAUAAAGGAGAGUAUUUUGAUAAAUAUUCAAAUCCCAUUCUACAAAAGGUUUACAAUAUGAUGUCUGAAUGUGGGUAUUUCUGUUUUUUCCUUUGUAUUUUAAAAGGUUUCUAUGCUGUUUGAUCUUUUACGGUUGAACCUUAUUCAUUCUUUUUUACUUGGUUUUACCAUGUUGCCUUCACUAAUGUUAUAAAUGGAAUGGAAUAGUUCAGACAAAUGAAAAUCGACUCACCCUCAGGCCAUCCAACAUGUAGAUAAGAUUUUUUUAUUCUUCAUCAGAACAGAUUUGGAGAAAGUUAGUAUUACAUCACUUGCAAGUGAUGUAAUACUACCCUGCUUUAAACUCAUAACGGACAUAUGCAUGUGUCUGCGGUGUCAGACAUCCUGCCAAACUCAGCACGUGCACCACCUGUGCCUGAUCCCUCUGUCCCAGUACUUUCAAAGGAGUAGUUUACACAAACAUUUUCUGAAGGUUAUGAGUUCUGCAGUGAAUGGGUGCCGUCAGAAUGAGAGCUCAAACGGCUGAUAAAAACAUCACAAUAAUCCACACAACUCUAGUUGAUCAAUUAAUGUCUUGUAAAGUGAAAAACUAUGUGAGAACCAGUUGGUAAGAACAUUUUUUUUUUUUUUUUGGUGAACAAUUCCUUAAGUGAUUCUUGUGAUUCUGCCUACUGCACUGUAAAAAACAAAAAAAACAAAAGUUGAGUCAACUUAAGGCAACCACCUUCAGCAGAUUUGUGAGUUUUCUCAACUUGUCGUUUUAAGUUUAUACAACAUAAAUUUGAGAAUCUCCCACAAAAAUAAGUUGAGCAAACUCAAAAAUCUGCUGAAGCUGGUUGCCUUAAAAUUUUAAGUUGGCUCAACUUUUUUUUUUUUUUACAGUGUGCAUUGUCAAAGUAUUGUAAUAUAAAGUAUUGUAAUGCAAUAUCUGCAACAGUUUAACUGCUGCAGAAUAAUAUCUUCGAGUUUUCAAUACCAUCAUAAACAUUUUCAAGACAAUUCACAUUUUUGCUCUCUGUUUAUGAAGCUAGGAAUGUAAAGCUGCAAAAAAAGGCCUAAGUGGCUGCUAAAAUAGUGUCUCUGAACAUAUUGUGAUGUCAAUUUAUUGCAAAUUUAUUCAGUAGAUGCCAAAUUUCUUAUUCUCUGCUAAGUUGCUCUCUAUAGCCUUGACUAAUUCUAAUUUACAUUUCAAUUGCAGCUGUCUUAUGAAGAGUCUUUUGCUUUGGUUUGUGAUAUACAACAUGGGUGUGUGAGCUUCAGUCUGGCGAGGCUCUGUAUUCUCUUCUCUCACUCUCUGCUCUCUUGUGUCACUGUCCUAAAAUGAUUUGCUAGUUUCUCUAAUUCAUAUUUUUAAGCUUUUUCCAGACAUUGUUUUUUUUUUUUCUUGUAGUAUGAAAAGUAUUUACAAGAUAAAGCAUUUGCAGUGGAUUAAUGUGUAAUGCAGUAUAUUAUUCACAUAACUGUACCAAAUGUUGUGUUCUACUACCUCACAACAAGAGACCUCAAUGUGUAUUUUUACAUUUAUAUCAUGUAAAGUUUAUUUUAUUACGGUUAUUUGCAAUCACUUUGGUACUAAUUUUAGAUCUCUCAUGUCUUUUGUUCAACAGUCUGGACACAAAACUCCUAACAGGUUUUACAUGUAACACAAAACAUUGCAUUGUGUAUUCGUAUCUUUAAACCGUGCACUUGCAGAAUCAUUGGUUACAACUUAUUUUUCAUGAAAUACUAUAGGAAUAUUUACUUGGAUCACCCACACAAGACACUUUCACUGUGUGGUUCAAAAGGACUAGUAGAGAGAGAAUACUGCAGACACAGUGGAAUCAUUAAACAAAAUCAGAAAUUUAUAGAUGAAAUGCCAAAGCAGCUGACAGUAUUGGAAAGCAAUUACAAUAUACUGUUAUGUCAAAUCUGUAAAUAUGGUCUUAUCAAUUGUGGUAGAUAAUGUAAGGAUGACUGGUUAAAAAAUAUUUAACAUUCUUUUUGGACUUUUUUUUUUACUUUUACUGACAGUUGUCAGACUGAGUGACACACGUAUGAUCUGCCUGGCUGUCUGCUUCUUGUGAACAAUGAAAUAUUAUGGCAUUUCCAUUGUAACUCUCAGACAAUUCAAAUAUAC